AUAAACUGUUCUUCCUAGAGGUCCAGUAAGUGUUAUCCACAAGUAUUUUUUCAGUGCUACCCCAAGAUAAUUUGGAAUGUGCCAUAUUUGCAAUAAUGCACGAUUUUGCCUAAUGUAACGGUUACAGGCUCAAUGCCACAUUGUAUCAAAUUAUGUCACAUUACUCAUUUAAAUUGCAGAACAUCAUUUACAAUUCUAACUAACCACAUUGAAGAAAAAAAAAGCUCAUGACUCGCACCUUGAGGUUAUAUCCGUUUCCGCAAUUAAACGUGGUCGUAUGUCUUUGUCAAAACCCACCGUGACCUGCCAAAAUCGGAAACGCUUUCGUCAAAUAACAUUUCUAAACGUUUAACUUUAACUUAGGUUUCACUUCGAAAAUUCAAACAUAGCGUCGAAACGGGAAGAGAAUUUGGCUGCUCACAGACAUUUUUUUGUCUUUAAUAAACAGUCCAUUAUGGGCAAAGAGAUGCCACUAUAUACUGAGAAUAAUGGUCAUUAUAUUGAACGAGACUUGGCUAAAUUACGGCUAUCACAACACAAGGUAUGAUUGUUUUUAUUUGAAUAAGGUUUUCAUGUGUAGUUGCGAAGUCACGAAAAUGGCGCACGUAUUAUAAUGUAAGUCGAUCCAUAGCGCUUUUUAAAGUUAAAGUAUUUAUUUGGGACUAUUUAAUUAUUGAGCUUGUUUAUCAGAUGGCAAAUGAAUAUAAUAAUACUUGAGUUUUAUUUGUAUUCAAAAAUAGUGGGUUAACACUGACAUUGUAUAUGCCAACUUAUUGCCAUAUUGGUAUAUUUGACGGGUCACUAUUUUCUUAUAUAGCCUAGUUGCUCAUGCCUUAUUGUCAGGCUUGUUAUACUCUAUUCUUUCAAAAUAUCUACAAAAUACAAAAAUAAUCCGAGAAAUCAUUAAUAUGUGUUUGUAGAUAUUUAUGUGAAAAACGCAACCCUGUAUUUUGAACAUAUAAAAGUUUUUUUCCUAAAUAUUGUUCCAUCAUCAACGCAGCCAUCACUAUAGCUACGAAACAAUAUUCUAUUUUGAUCUUAAAAAAACAUGUCAACUUUAACCUCGUAAACAUAAUAUCUUCUCAUGUUUCUUUAAUACUUGUUAAUGGCUCUGAACUCGAAAUCGAAAGAACUCUUGCUGGUUUUAUAUUCGCAUGAAUCGGCUAUGUUGUGUCUUUGACUAUACUUAAUUGAUACAAUACUGUAUUAUAAUGACUUAUUACUCUGUGAAUGGCAAUUAAUUUGUGCUCAGUCUAUCGGAAUUGAAUUUAAUUGAGAUGUUCUUAAAGGAUCAUUUUACACGAAACGACAACACAUACGAUUUUUAUCGACGAAAUGCGUAUAAAAAGAUUUGAAAUGUCGUCAUAAACUGAUUAACAAGAAUAGUGUGGCGACAGCAGUCGUUUCACCGCCCGGAUAAGAAUCGUAUGCGAUAAUUCGUUUGAUAUUCGUCUAUGUAUCAUAAAUGCGGCAAGCAGGCAAUAUAUCUGCGUAGUUCGCUGACAUGAAAGUUGUUUGCGUAGUAUGUCUUGACAUAUGAUACGCGUAUAUACGACAUUGGAGAAAAUAUCAGGAAGAUGAGUCUUGAUAUGUUCCCGUUAUGAUGCUCUAGCUAGUUCUUCUGUCUGGAUGAGUCCUAAAAGUUACACUUACAUGUGUGAUCCGUCAGAUAGAUGAAGUGAUUCAUGAAAAUUUUGUCUCGAACGUUUGAUUGAAACAUUGCAGCCACGGUGAUUCGAAAUAUUGAAACUUCACCUUUGGGUAAUUGUACUCAAUAUAUUGAGUAUUCUGGGUGAAUCUUAAGUUUUUGAGUGACAAAUGUACCAAAGUAAUAGAUUACACCUCUCUUCUCCAUAAUUUUCAUAUAUUCUCUUUUAAACAAACUAUAAAACGGACACCUCUCUAAUUAAUACGAACAACUUGCCAAUUUAGUUCCCAUUUUUUAGAGAAAGAGAGAUCCGAUUGUAUAUAAAACAAUUAUCAAUUAAUUUAUAGUUUAAAAAGUCCAAUUGUUUCCUAAGCCAAAUCUAAAAGAUAACAAUCGGUAUUAUUCUCUGAAAGAAUACUCCUCCACAUGUGUUAUGUCAUCGUGCUGCCCACUUCCGAUGGAGAAAAAUGCAGCCGCAAUUUGCGCGGAUUCCGCAUUGUUCACAUACAUACGUAACCUGGUUACCUUCAUAUCCCCUGCGUUGUACAUCCCGUAUUUAUUUUAAAAUCGUCUGGCUUAGUUAGAAACAGUUCCGCCUCAAAAUUUCCUCCCUAUAGUUUCAUUAUGCUUUUAUCGCUGGCGAGUAAGUUCAAGUUUUCCCUGACAAGUUUACUUUCUCGUCUGUCAGUACGGUCCACAACUUUUCCUUGAUAAGUUUCUUUUGAAGUUUUGUCGCUUGUGUGCGGGGAAUGUUCUUGAAUAUUUCACGUCAAGACCGCCUUUUCUUUGUCAAAACAUGUACGUUUUUCUUGUACACUUGUUCAGUCUUCCAACCCACCCUCUCGACAUUCCCUGUGGGAGGAAUAACCUGGAGAAAACCCACGACUUUUGGUAGGGCGUCGACUGACUUUUGUCACGUGUUUUUUUUUACUCGAACGAUUGGGCCACCGAAGAAGAUAGCUAAGCAUUAGAAUUGUGUAUAAGAGUUAUUUACUCGUCUAGAUAGUUCUAAUGUAUAAAUAAUCUGUGAUAACAUGGUUGUUAUAAGACCUGGUUAGGAAACCCAGCAAACUUCAAAGAAAUUACGCUAUAAACAAACAUGGAGGUUGAACAGUCUGUUUGACCACUUUGACCCUGCACAUAUUGGUUUUAAUCAAUGAGAAUUGACCAAACGAUGUAACACAAACAUUCUCCAUCGAAAAAUGGUAGUAAUACUUCGUUAUUGGCAAAAUAUGCCGUAAGAUAUAACUCUGGUAGGCAAAACAAACAGUUGGUACCCAUUCCUUACGCCAAGCUGUCUGAACUGACUAUUGUCAAAACAACUAGAAAGACAAAGGAUUUUUCAACCGUGACCCUGCACAAGGUACAGAAUCACCUAAUGAAUUGUUCUAUGUCUUUUCCUCAUGAAUUAUUAAUAUGUAGUACACACGUAAAAACGCACAAGUUGUAGCUGCAGCAGACUUGUAGCAAUGCUGUUCCAACAACUUGUCAAUGACGAUGUGUUCGCACUGCUUGUUCCCAGCAUGUUGACAACAAGCCGUAACAACAACUUGCUACAAGGUUAUUGAGCUCAAAAGACUACAAGUUCUUCCAACAACUUGUUUCGUCCUGCAAUUCAACAAUUUGCCAACUAGUUGUGAGUGACACUACUGUUAUUUUAUCAAGUUGCUACAAGGUUGUUACUGUUUGUUGUUUUAUUGUUUUUACAGCUUUAUUACAACUUUUUUACAGCUUUGUUACAACUUACUUGCGAACACAUGGUGUUGACAGGUUGUGAGAUUUUUACGUAUAUAGGCUUGCACACAAAUACCUGCACGUACCUUUAUGGUUAAAAAAAGAAAUAUAUUUCGGAAUCUACGCCUAGUUCCUCACGUCGUAAAACGCUUCCCCCUGUGUGGGGCGUGACUUAGGUCCGGUGCUCGUUCCCAAUCUCCGUAUUUCCUUCGCGCGAAACAUCGGCUUCUACAUUCUAUAAGGUUCAUUUGGACCAACGUUGUGAAAAAUAUAUGGUCAUUUUUUAACCAUUUUGGUUUCUUCGAAGCAAAAUGCCUCUCGCACAGCUUGCAGACCCUUGGCGGAAGAUGAAUACCACGCCGAUUUCAGAGGUUCGCAGAAAUUCCUUUGCACACAAAGUUGAUAUGAUACGGCUUAACAAUCAAUUUGGUGUAGCCGUGUUAAAAUGGCUUCAUUUUCAUACCAAUUUUGCUUAUUUUCCUACAGGCUGCCGACGAUCCUGUAGCGGACGAAUGCAAUAAUGAAGUAAGGGUAUUUCUUCUUUCAUAACUUACCAUUUUCUUGCCACUUUGUUGAAAUUUAUCACGUACAAAUUUGGGUACAAAUACGCGUUUGUGUGUGUACAAUUUUAUAUGGACUCUCAAUCAAGUAUCGUUGCCCCCGUAGGUAAAAAUGGAUGAAGAACCGUCUUCAGAAUUGGAUAUUUCCGCAGUUUUGGAGAAAUCAAAGAGUUGCUUAAAAGCUGAACGCUCUCAUUUCGAGCUACUGAAAGUGCUAGGCCAAGGAUCGUUUGGCAAGGUAAGUAUUUUGAAUAAGUUAUGAAGCGUAUUGAUAUCACAAACUUAUAUUUUGGCCUGGUGUGUAAUGUAUAUAACAGGCAAUCAAUCUUGGCUUGUUUCACAGUGGCUGUGGUUAACCCUGUGAUAAAGAGAAUGCCAUAUUUAUAGUACCUUUUCUUACGUUUAUUUGCUUAUAAAUGUGCCUAACACGUUCUUUAUCGCAACAAAGGUGUUUCUUGUACGAAAAAUCACAGGCAAAGACGCCGGAACUCUAUACGCAAUGAAAGUGUUAAAAAAGGCCACUUUAAAAGGUUUGUAUCCUCUUGUAUACUAUAAAACCAAAGCUUUUUUCAUAAGAAAGAUCUAUGUUAUUUAUAUAUGUGUUUAACGGUAUAUUUAUUUGCUUAUCAUAAAACUUUUCAAGAUCAGUCUUAAUGCGCCGAAAAUAUUCAAUAUCAAUAUUUGGAAACUGUAAUUUUCACGUAUUAUAUUUCAUGCUUCCAAAUUAACAAAACACGCGGAAUUCUAAGCUAAAUCUUUACGCUAUUGUCAAACAUUUUGAAUAAUUGCCUAUCCUAUAUUUUGAUAAUGGCGUGUAAUUUUGAACAGUACACUAUUAAUUGUUUACACUGAAUAAUAAUACAAAUGUGCGAAUAUAUCAUUGAAAAUUUUUGCAUUUUUGUCCCAGUAUGAAAUCGUGAAUCCCCCUGUGAACAUUCGACUUGCAAUCCUUAGGAUAUUUUUAUAUAUUAUUCAUAAUAUUUAUCAGUGGACGUUUGUGUUUUGUAAAAUAUUUUAGUAUAGUUGUGCAUUUCAUAACAUAAAAAUCAUGUAAUAUUCCACAGAAUGUUGAAAUGUUGCUAUUAUAGAGUUAUGGAAUGUUUUUAUAUUUUUGUGCGUUUGGGACCAUUUAGAUAGACUGUUUCAUGACUAUGUUUUAGUUUGUGAAUGUUGCUUGUGAUAAUAUGUGCAUGUAUAUUGGCAAUGUAUCGCGUGACUUGUUGAUAUCUGAUCAGUCUUUAGCGGAAGAAAUAUAAAAAUCGAUAUUAAUUGGAGAAUAUCGUGGAAAAUGUUGGCCUUAAUUAAGAUGUAAUUGUGAUUAUAUCUCAUGCAUGUUUAUUCUUGGUGUACAAGUUAUGGCAUUGUAUGUUAGGUGAAUUUGACAAAGGAUUUUCCAUGUUUGAUGAAAUUUUCUUUGUUCUUUCAAUCUCUUGAGAUGACUGCACAACACCUAUUGUGUUUUUAUUUAAAUAUAUGCAAGCAUUUAGAAAUGUGCAUAUGUGCUGUAUAAAACUGGUGUAGAUUAAAUAUCUGGUUGUUGGCCGUCCACACUCAAUAUAGCUAUAGUUGUAAAAUGAUUUUGUAGAUGAAGACUUAACAAGGAACAGUUGUGAAAAAUGCAACUAUAGACAUGAAUUGAACCUACUGAACCUGCAGUUCUGUUGUAGAUAAUGUAUAUGUAGAAUAUGUCAUUGUAAAAAAAAUUUAGAGUUCUUAAAAGUAUGCAUAAACUUAAUUUGUAAAGGGUGUUCUGCAGCAUUAAUCUUAAACACAUAAUUAUCGCUCCAUUCAUAUGAAUAGUAAAAAUAAUGUGACUGCUAGCUGGUUGUAUAAUUUUAAAUGCUGUUUUGCAAUCCAUUGAUUGGUAGGGUGUGCUUGUCAUUCUAUAAAUCCCAGACAACCUUUAAUGUGACAUAUCUGACAUGCCCUUUCCUGUCCUUAAUUUAAGACAUAUGUUUUCAAUAUUGAAAAUUCAUUGUGAUAGAAGUUCCAGAAAAUAUUUAGCUAGCCUUUUCAGUCAGUAAGUAGAAUUUACUUUAUAUCUAUGGGAAAAUGGGUUGUUCCAGAAAAGGACCAUGCACACUGCCUCCAAGGAGGAUAUUUCUGCCCCCCAUCCAAAGGGGGGGGGGGGGAUGAAAAUUUUCUUCUGAUAAUAGUAAAUGCAUAAGGAUGUCUGUAGGGGGGGAGGUAACUUUAAAUUUCCACCAUAGGGGAGGUUAUGGAUGUUUUCUGGAAUGACCCAUUGAAUAUUUUAGAAACACUAGCUUCCAUUGCGACUGCUGUAAAUAAUUUAUAUAUUUAUUUCAGUUCGGGAUCGAGUGAGAACAAAAAUGGAGAGAGAUAUUUUGGUCGACGUGCAACAUCCAUUUAUAGUUCACCUUCAUUAUGGUAGGUCAUGAGGAAAUUACAUCACAGAGAUACCCAUCUUGAGAGGAGUGAACCAUGUGUGCAUAUAUUGGCCCCAAACACAGACUCUGGCUUUGUCAAUGAUCCAAGCAAACAACUGCAUGAGUGGGCCCCAAUGUAUGGUCUAUAUUGGCCCCCAAACACAGACUCUGCAUGGCUUUGUCAAUGACUCAAGCAAACAGCUGCAUGAUUGGGCCCAAAUGCAUGGUCUGCUAAUUCUUUUCACUCUGUUGCCACACAAUUUCCUUCAUAAAGAGCAAAAGCUUUGGGUGUGAAUUAGAAUUAGUUUUAAAAACCAUACAACCUCCCCACAUCUCUUGUUAAUUAAUUAAAUUAACCCAUUGAGUGCCAGCACUUUCCCCUUGAUGAAUAAAUUGUUUGGAGUGCAUAUUACGAGCAUAUGCAUACAAUUUAUGUUUCAGCAUUUCAAACAGAAGGCAAGCUCUAUCUUAUCUUAGAGUUCCUUAGAGGUGGUGAUCUUUUUACAAGAUUAUCAAAAGAGGUAUAAACAUAUUUUGAUCACUUAAUUGAUAGGUAUUAUAAUGACGGGAUUCGAUUCGAUUCGAUUACAACCAUAUUGGCUAUCUUAUGGCUAUCUUUUGUACCUGGGAAUCUUAUAGUUCUUUCAAGUUUUUUGCCUUAAAUGUCAUAAUAUAUAAUAAUGCAAUAUAGCUUAAUAUGCAAUAUAGCUUAAUAUGCAAUAUAGCUUAAUUUUAUUAAAAAAUAUUCAUCCAGUGAUAUAAUGACUUCUUAUGUACUCUUGUCAGAUCUUGCUCUUAAAGUUUGAAAAUUUCCAUCUUGUGUGAUCAUUGUUUUUAUAUGUUGUCUCAUCUGACUUUCGUUCUGUUAUGUUAGGUGAUGUUUACUGAGGAGGAUGUCAAAUUUUAUCUUGCUGAAUUGGCCAUUGCUCUUGAUCAUCUUCAUAAAGUGGGAAUUAUUUAUCGAGAUUUAAAACCUGAAAAGUAAGAUUGAGUCAUUGAGAUAUAAUCAUGAACAGUGCCAGUGUAGGUAGACUUGCAAUAAUAAGAAAGCUUUGGAUUUAUAGGGAUACAACUACUGAAAAAUACAAGGAGAACUUCGAUGUUACAAGCAAAAGCCCUUUGUUGUGCUAGCUUUGCUCAAAACAGCAAACUAAUUUUCUUUGUAUUUUUUCAUGAAGUUGCAUCUGUAUCAAUGAGAAGUUUUCUGAGUCAUUGUUGAAUAAGUACAGUUCACUAAGGUAGUUUAAAAUUCAAUUAAGACUAUAGACUGUAUGCUCAUACUCUAUUGUUGUGUUUUAGCAUAUUAUUGGAUAGCGAUGGACAUAUUCAAUUGACUGGUAAGCACUGUCAAAUAGCAUGCCUCUUCUAAAUGUGCUAAACAAUGACCUUUCACCUUAAUCCUAUCAUGUAGGCAACUGAUCUUUCAAUGGGAGACAUUUUUAUUUGUGAAGUGGGUGUUGGCAGCAAGGGGUUUACCCAUUAAACACCAGCACUCUCUCCUUGACAAGUAAAAGUGUCUGGCUUUAGAGUAAAAUUAUAAUAAGGUAGGCACAUUGGAGCACAUGUUGCUGAGUUGGGGCAACAUUAACCCAUUGAGUGAUAGCACUUUUAAAGUAAAAUUAUAAUAAAUUAGGGUGCAUUAGGGCCAAUGCAACUGAAUGGAAAACAUAAUGUAUGCAUGCAUGCAGUGUUAUAUUUUCCUCUAUCUAUUUUCAGACUUUGGAUUGUGCAAAGAUUCAGUUUAUGACAAGAAAACAUAUUCAUUUUGUGGAACUGUUGAAUACAUGGCGCCUGAGGUACGACUACUAAAUUGUAUAAUUUAAUACAGCACGUAUGUUAACCAAAAUCAUGCAGUAUUGUUAGUAAAUGUGUAGACCAUCUGAUUGUCUCACAACUAAUUUUCCCCAUUUGUAAAAUGCUUACUGUGUUUUGCUCAGGUUGUGAACAGACGAGGUCACACACAAGCUGCUGACUGGUGGUCUUAUGGUGUUUUAAUGGUACAGUACAUCUUUAUCAUUACUCUCAAGUGCUGGUUCUUAUAAUUUAAAACUUUGGAAGAAUGUUGUGCUUAGAUUUCUGGAUAUUUAAUAAAUUGUUGUUCAUUCUUUAGUUUGAAAUGUUGACUGGUUCACUACCGUUUCAAGGAAAAGACCGAAAAGAUACCAUGACUAUGAUUCUAAAGUAAGAUUUUUAAACUGUCAGCUUAGAUAAGAUCCCUCCUAGAUAGCAUUUACCAACCAAAGCUGAUUUCAGCAAGUAGUUAAAGCAAUUGUUUUCUUUGCAUUACUUUGCCUGAAGGAUAAAAGUAACAUUUUCAAUAUAUUUCCAGAGCAAAACUUGGCAUGCCACAAUUCUUGAGUGCAGAAGCUCAAAGUUUACUGCGAAUGUUGUUCAAGAGAAAUCCAGCCAACAGGCUAGGUAAGAUUUUGAUAGAAAUUUUAUCGAUGUCUGUUGCAUCUGUCUGUAAAUUAAGACCGAUUUUCACUACACAGCUUCUGCGUAAAACUGUCACAUGCAAUCUGCUUCAAGUUGUAAACAGGUUGCAUGCGACAGUUUAGGGCAAAAGUUGUGUGGUGUAAAUCUGCUUGUUGUUAUGUCAGAAGAAAAUGAAUUUUUUGUUUGUUUCUUCAUCCAGGAGCUGCUGAGAAUGGAAUUGAAGACAUAAAGAAGCAUACAUUUUUUGCUUCAAUUAACUGGGAGGUAAAUUUCAUCACAUUGUUAAAUGUUGCAUGAACUUUUGUUUAUUUAACCCAUUGAGUGUUGCCACUUUUUCCUUGACAACGAAAAUCAUCUGUCAUUAUAGACGGAGUAAAAUAACAAAGCAGGGCCGUACAUAUUAGGAUGCAAGAGCAGCAAGACAGUUAACCCUUUUAGUGGCAAUGCAAUUUUACUCAUCAAGGGGGGAGUGCUGUCGCUCAAUGGGUCAACAUAUUUACUUACGCCAUUACAGUCCAUUUCAUGGGUUAACUUAAUGGGUUAAAUUCAAUAACUAUACUUCAAAAUAACUGUUGAAACAUAAUUUUCAGAAACUUUUAAAAAAAGACUUGAAACCUCCAUUUAAACCUGCUGUUCGAAGAACCGAUGAUGCUUAUUAUUUUGAUAAGGAAUUCACCUCGAAAACACCAAAAGGUAAGGAAGUAACAGCAAAACUCCGAACAAUAUGUACACUGUACAAAUGUUGUACAUGUUUGUUUGCAAGUAUAUAUUAAUUGGACAUAUAUAUUUUCAGAUUCACCUGCUAUUCCGCCAAGUGCAAACUGUCAUCAGCUUUUCCGUGGCUUUAGUUUUGUCAGUCCAACACUACUAGAGGUAUGUACUGUAUUUAAAUCUUCAACAGCCAGAAGCGGAUACAGCUACCUGAAAAUGCAAGGAGAAGUUCGAAAUUUUGAGCGAAUGCCCUGGUUUUGUUGGCUACGAACUUCCCGAUGAAGGGCCUUCGCUCGAAACGUCGAAGUUCUCCUUGUAUUUUUUAGGUCGUUGCAUCCCUAUUAAUCCGAAGCUUUUGUAUUUAAACUUUCAUUCUCUGACUUUGACAUAUAAUGAUUGAAUGGUGAUGAGCUUGUACUCGUGAAUAAUAUGAAUACUUGGUGUUUCCUAGGAAGGUGAUAAGAAUGGAGGAUUGGAAAGCAUGGACAUUGAUAGUGGGGUAAGUACUUUUUCUACUAGCUGGAAAUAUUGGAGAAGAUUUGCAUUGAAAAGGUAUUGCUCGAGGUGCACUGUAAUCAACAUAUUCUUUUAUAAUAUAGCAUUUAUAAACCAGUUUCCACUCUUGUCGGUAUAACUGUAUAUCAACAUGGAAAUUAAAUAUUUUAUAUUUGUUAAAUAUAACCUUUGCAUUGCAAGUAAAUUAUUGUCAUUCAAAAGAUUUGUUGUAUUUUCUUAAUAUAGUUCAGCAGCUUGUCAUCACAGUUUCCUGGUGUUUCUACAUCUUUUUUUGAUGAAUACGAAAUGAAAGAGGUACAGUUUGUGUUACAAUACAAUAUACAGUACUAGAAACUAACCUUUCUACAUUACCUGUGCUUAGACAUGCAGCCGUAGGCCAGGGUUCGAAUUAACAGAUAGCGAAUCAUUUUGCUACUCAUUUUGCUAUACAGUAAUGUAAAAAAAUCACUAUUCAACCAGAGAAGAUUUCACAUGUGAAAAAGUAAAACGGAUAACAUUGGAAACAUUUGUUUUCAAACAAUUCUUUGUGUAUUUUGAGGCGAAACAUUCUCUCAUAUGCAGUGAUAUUUCUGAAUUUAUGAUAUACAUAACUACCAAAAAAAUGAAGACUGCUGAAUCUUUAUUUUUAUAACAGCCUUUCUGGUUGAAGAUCGAAUGCUCAAUACUUUUUUACUGUACAUAGUGGAAAUCCGCUAUUCACUUUUUAUUGCAUGAGUCAAUGAGUAGAAAUUCGCUAUUAAAUAUUUAAUUCGAACCCUGCCAUAGCCAAUGACGUUUGAGCUGCGUCCUUCGCAAGUCAGCCCUGAGACAGCUGCAAGUAAAGAUUAUUAGCAUUCCCUACCUUACCCCUUUGCCUGCCCUGAUCUACGAAUUAUCAUAAAGUUUAGUGACUAAAAUACUAUUUUCUUCUUCAGGAAAUUGCUGUUGGUUCAUAUUCAGUUUGCAAAAAAUGCAUUAACAAAUCAACAGGCAAAGAAUAUGCUGUUAAAGUAAGUGCAUUAAACAAGAUAUCAUGAAAAUUGUUUUGCGUGAGUGAUAGAACUAAAGUGUUGACUGGAUUUGUCAUUUGUCUUUUUUCUCUCAGAUUAUCGACAAACUAAAGAAAGACCCACGGGAGGAAGUCGAGGUAGGUCUGAGAUGGACUGGGUACUAGGUCUAGGAUUUCAAAUCUCGCUCAAUGGACCCUUCCUGAAAGUACUCAGCCUUUGCAAUAGAACCUUGUUUUUGGGAUUGAGAUAUUGGCUUUAGAGACCUUUAUCUUGUUGCUGGUGAUCUAAUUAUAGAAAGGUCUUUUAUGUUAUCUGAUAUUAUUAUUGAAUAGCUAACUUUGGCUCGGAGGCGGGCGUAAUUUACAAACACUGGGUUAUAUUGUAUUGAUUGAACUUUGUAUGUAUAUUAUGUUCAGAUUCUACUAAGAUUUGGUGGAAAACAUAAUAUAAUGGGUAUACGAGAUGUAAGUAACGUUCUUAUGUACUUUUUGUAAUGUUCUAUAACUUUUGUAUAUUCAUUCAUCUUUGGGUACCAUUCAGUCAUGACCCAGUGAUCGAAAUGUUCCAUUGUCUUUUCAUUGUUUUGAAAAUAUCACUGUUCUCUAUGCCAUCCAAUCGUGACCCAGUGAUUGAAAUGUUCCAUUCAUUGCUUUGAAAAUAUCAUGUAAAAAUCUUGCUGUUCUCCAUACCAACCAGUCACUUAUUGUUCAACCUUCUUGUAGCAUUCUACAAAAGGCUAUAAAAGUGAAGUAAUUACACAAGCAGAAAAUUGUCUAAUACUAAUUACUGUAUAUCAUCUUUCCAGGUUUAUGAAGAUGUUAAAAAUGUUUUCAUCGUGGCCGAACUGAUGCGAGGGGGCGAGUUACUGGACAGAAUUGUGAAACAAAAGAAUUUAUCCGAGAGAGAAGCUGCCAAUAUAAUGUACACGUUAAGCAGUGCACUUGCGUACUUGCAUAAUGAAGGGGUAGGGAACAUUUUAAGCCAUUAUGUAUAAACCAAACUAGCUAUGUUAGUAUGUUUAUCCUGGAUCUCCAGUGAUCUUCUUUCCAUAUAAUAUUGUCACAAUGUUUCUACAGAGCGGAAUAAAAAACUUAAGCAAUUUUAUUUCUGCUUGAUAACUCUAUACCAUCACUUCUAAACUGGUCUCUCUCUAUGUCGGGGAUAAUGGCCAUCUCUUAUUUUGUCUUGAGAAAAUCUCCAUUGUCUGGUAAACAAACUGCAGGAAGCGCUCGUAUGUGCUGGGGUGAAAUUAUAAUCAGACAACUGAAUACUGCAGGAAUUCAAUGCGAGUUAGAGAGGUGAAACACGCAUCCAUUGUGUCACCAACAUGCUUUGAUUUAAUCUCUGUAAUCGUAAUCCUAGCUCUAUUUGCAUUUAACUGGGCAAUUCAUCGUGAUCUUAAACCAAGCAAUAUGCCAUUAUGUGUUUCUUUAAUCCCACUCUAAUCUAUCCUAAUCUUAAUCAGGUAGUUCAUCGUGAUCUUAAACCAAGCAAUAUACUAUACCGUUACGUGUUUCUUUAAUCUCAUUCUAAUCCAUCCUAAUCUUAAUCAGGUGGUUCAUCGUGAUCUUAAACCAAGCAAUAUCAUGUAUCUGGAUGAUAGUGGUUCAAAUGAUGCUUUAAGGAUUAUUGAUUUUGGUUUUGCGAAACAACUUCGUGCUGAUAAUGGAUUAUUAAUGACGCCAUGUUAUACAGCCAACUACGUAGCGCCCGAGGUGAGUUGACUAUCAAUGAGAAAUACCAAAUCAGGCAUAUAUAUUUGACGACUGCAUGUGAACAAGACGUUUUACCAUUUAGUUAUGUACUGAUUUUUUAGGUUCUCAAGAAACAAGGCUACGAUGUUGCUUGUGAUAUUUGGAGUUUGGGAGUUUUACUUUAUACCAUGCUUGCAGGGUAAGUAGUUACUGAUGUGGAUUAUUAUAUCUGUCUAAACUGUUCUUGUUGGGUCCAUUGUUCAGACUAACUGCAUUCACCUUCCUCACAUGCAACCAGGAAUGGAUGUAGUUGUGGGGAUCCACCCUGCAUGUGACUGAGGCGAAAUUACAGUAUUAUCAGGAAACCGCUGCAAAUUUCAAAAAGGUGAAGGCAAACCCCUGUUCAGGGAACUGACGGUUUAACACACGAUUUUGGUUUUUGUAUUUCUACACGUCUGUUUGGUUCAAGAGUAUAAAACUUCUAUUGAUCCAGAUAAGAUUUCUAGAAAAAUAUUUCCAGUUAUAUUAUUACGUUAACCCAGGAUUAAAGCGCGACUAACCACAAUCAGUAUAAUUUCAGUAUUGAAAAUGGCCUUUGAGCAUUCUGAUUGGCUCCCUCAGAAGUAACUCUGAGCCAAUAGUUACUGCUCAGACUGCUCUGAGUAGUAACUGUUCCUUUUCUCCCAAAAAAAACAUUCGAAGAAGAAAUGUAAUAUAUCUUUAUAAUAAAAAAUCCCAUCUUGACCAAACUUUUCCACUGUCAAAGUUUUCGGAUAUGAUGUCAUUAGGUGAAUUGCAAAUUAGUUUUCCUUUGUAGCAAAAAUUCACCUAAUGACAUCAUAUCCGAAACUUUGACGGUGAACAAGUUGAUCAAGAUGAGGUUUUUUACUAUAAAGAUACAAUACAUUUCUUCUCAGAAUCUCCCAAGUAUUACACUUACCAAAAAUUAUAUUUGGAGUUAGUCGCACUUUAAGAAAACUGGUCUUCGAACAAUCGGGCUCAGGUACUGAAUUUCUCAUCCGGUGCUCCUUUCAGAUACACGCCAUUUGCUCACGGAGCUGAGGAGAACGCUGGUCAAAUUCUCAAGAGAAUUGGAGAAGAGAAGUUGGUAUUAUCUGGAGGAAACUGGGACACUGUCUCAGAAUCCGCAAAGAAUUUAGUUCGUCAUAUGCUACACAUAAAUCCUGCUAAACGAUGCACGGCACAACAGGUAAGAACACUUCGUAUCUUUGCAUCCUAUGGGUCGAGAAAGAGGUCCCUUAUUUUUCCUUGUGCAACUAAAAGAGGAAAGCGAACUUCAUUUACAGCACUAACUUCAUUAUUAUUAAAUUACUCGUUGUGUUCCUUUAAUAAUCAUGACUUGUUUAUGUAUAUUAUUGUAAUGAAAGACAAAUCCGUGGCGACAUUGGUAGCAAAGUGUUGCUAUAAUGUCCUAACAAAUUUUGAUCAAUUAUGACUAUUAUAAUUCUAAAUUUUAAUCCAGUCUCUCUGUAAAUUUAAUAUGUUUUCUAUUCUUUGUACUAAUAUUAGUAGCUUAUAACUCUAAACAUUUCUUCUCAAAUCUACCUAAGAGUCAUCCACGAAACCAAUCUCUUCCAUUUUUAGACUGUCUCGCAUCCGUGGAUAGUAAACAGAAACUCCUUACCGCAAAAUAAAUUGACGCUAUCUAGCUCUGUGACAAAAAUUAAGGUAAACAUCUUGAAUCAAACGCAGUUAAACGUCCAUUAUCAAAUCUUUAUUUUACUAAUUGCAUGUUUUUGUCAUCUUUCGUAGGACGCAUUCAAAGCAACAUUCUCAGCGCUAAACUCAAGUCCCGAAUCAAGAAAAUUAAAACCUGUUCAGACUUCAUCACUCGCGCAACGAAGAACCGGGAAAAUGAAGCCACUUGUCAAACAAUCCAACGUAUGACCCCACAAAACCCUUAUCCCCCCUUUGGAUACCCGUGUGAAUCCUUAGAUACACCAAGAUCACUUGAAAACCCUUAUGAACCCUGUAUGACCCAUGAUGCACCAAGAAAUUUUGUACAGUAUUUUGCUAUGAGAACAUGUGUUGCAUAUUCUAUAAAUAAGUACAAAUGAAAUUACGUCACCAUUAUACCUGUAUAUGACGUCAUAAUUUAUAGAAUAACGCGCAGAAAUGUCGUCUAAAUUCACGGAUAUUUUGUAAAUGCUAUUGUUUUGUAAUUUUUCACAAUGCGUACAUUUUAUAGUAAUUGGUAGUGAUUUAAUCAAUAAUGUCAAUAGUAGAAAUGAUACUGUGAAAUUGAUGAUUUACAAAUACUUUCACCACGAAGUAUUUGUAAGGUUGUGGAGUUUGUGCCAGACGGCACCUAAAAGUGUGUAUAAAAAUUGAAAUAAAAUGUUCAUUUUGGCAGAAA